AUGGUGUCUUUCUCAUGCGAGGGGUGUGGGGAUGUCCUCACCAAGAAAAAACUCGAUCCGCAUCGCAACCAGUGUCGUGGCGCGUCCUUCACCUGCAUUGAUUGCAUGGUGCAUUUUCGCGGCACAGAGUACAGAUCGCACACGACCUGCAUGUCCGAGGCGCAAAAGUACCAGGGUGCACUCUAUAAAGAGAAGCCGGGAAAGACUCCGCGGAAGGGGCAGAAUACCCCCAACCAGAAUGCGAAAUCAAAUGCCAAAGCGCACAACCAGCAACCCCGGGUCGAGGAUGCCCCCGACGUCGAUAAUCUCCCAGCGAACGUGCCGCCUCCGCCCGCUCCUACACCCCCUCCUGCCGGGGCCGUGAAGACUCCUACGACGGCGCCCAAUAAAGAUGCCAAACCUGUCAAUGUGUUCGACUACCUGGUCACCGAAGAAACCCCCAACGCAUCCAAGGUCUCUCUCGGCGCACCCAAGGAGCAGAUGACUAUGCUCCCGCACGCUCGCUCGGUGUUUGAACCCAGCGGCGCGCUGGCCCGGCUUGGUGCCGAUACGGAUGAUGAGGGCAAGAACUAUGAUGUCGCCUACGAGGAGAACGGCUUUUCCUAUGGCGCGGACCCCAUCCCGCCGUCCAUGCACCCGGAACAGGUUCCGAAUGUCUCCUCGGAGUUCGUGACGCCGGCACCCAAGAAGAAGAAGGACCGUCGUCGGGAGGAGAAGCGUGCCUCGGCCACCGCGAGUGAGAAGAAGCGCAAACGUGGCCAGGCGGAGCAUCUUAGUAGUCCCCAAAAUGAUGUGGACACUCCGAUGAUGGAUGCCCCUUCCAGUGUCACCAACAAUGUCGGCACGCCCGUGUUGAACCAUUCUGGACUCACCGGUGGUCUUAACCGGAUGCUGCGCUCGCCGUCGCAGGAUGGAGAGGGCACGCCCGAGCACGGCGGCAGGCCGUACCAAGAUGCAUCGUCCCCGAUUAAGCGCACCCGUCGCAAUGGCAAAGAAGUCAACAGCAAGGAGAGCCACGGUGACCCGGGUCUGGGCAUCUCGAUCAAGAAUCGCGCCGAGCGACUCGUCUCGUCCAUGUUUGGGGGGUCAUCUGUGUCUGGAAGCAGCGGUGGCGGUGCCGAAGUGACCUCCAAGGCUUUGGUUCGCACGCGCCGGGGUAGCUCGUCGAGUGCCGAUGGUGGUCAGAUGGAGGUGCGUAAAAGCAAGAAGUCGCACCGCUCGCACAACGCGUCUGAUGGCCAUGGCGAGAGCCGCAAGUCCAAGCGCAAGAGCAGCAACCCCACCGACGGCGAUCGUCCAUCUCGGCGCCUCAAGCAGAUUGACGAGCGCCGUGGGUCUGGCCACUCGCGCUCGCGCUCUCCUCAUAAUGACAGCCGCCAGGUCACUGUGUACCGACACUCAAAGCCCCCGGCUCUGACCGAUGAGGCCUUGCAACGUGAGCUGGCCCAUCAUUUCCUGUCUCUGGUGUCCCGUGACAGUGAGCGUGGCUGCUCUGUCCACAAGGCCCUCAAGCGUUUCCACCGCGAUCUCUCAGACGAGUAUGAUGCUGACCGUGGCCGUGACCAUGGCCGUAGUCGGGCGGAUCGGGAGCGCCGACUGGAGGACGAGAAGGACUUGUGGCGGGCAUUGAGACUUCGACGCAAUGACCGUGGCGAGAUUGUGGUGUCUACCUGA